AUGACUGGAGCAGGUUUUCACGGUGUUGGUGUUGGAGGUCUUGGCUUAGGUUCUCACGGUGUUGGUGCUAGAAGUCUUGGCUUAGGUGCUGGUGGAACUCUUGGCCCAGAUUUUCACUGUGUUGCUGCUGGAAGUUUUGGACCAAGUGCUGGUGGAAGUCUUGGUGCAGAUUCUCAUGGUGUUGCUGUUGGAGAUCUUGGACUAGGUGCUGGUGGAACUCUUCUUCCUAGAGCAGGUGCAAGCUCUCACUGUCUUGCUGUUGGUGGAAGUGGAAGCAGUGGUAGUGGAUCAGGUGUAGGAACUCUUGUUCCUGGUUUUGGAGCUACUGCAAGUUCUCAUGGUGUUGCUAUUAGUGUUCCUGGUGGAGGUAUCAUGAGUUUUGGUGGUCCAAGUGUUCAUGAUUGA